AUGAUGUCCACCCCGUCAUCCUCGGCACGACGACCUCCACAGUCACCACAGGUCACUGCGGAAGUUCUUAAGUUCCGGUGUCUCUACACGCAUGAUUUGCGCCGCAAAGCGAAACGAUGGCACGAUGGCAACCUUCGAUACCAUAAGCACAACAAACGUGUGAUGGUAUAUGAUGAUCAGGGAAACUUUGUUGGUGAUCAUCACUGGCGAUCUUCCGACGAGGUUCAAGAUGGUGACGAAAUGGAGCUGGACAAAGGUGUGCUCAUUGAAGUGUGCGAGAAUGUGGGGACGACAGAGACGGACAUCACCAACCUAUACGAAAAGAAAAGGUCCAGUCAGGGCUCACCCCAGAACAGGGAAUUGGGGUCUCAAGUUGUCCGCCCUUCCACUGCUACAUCAACGCCUCGUUAUGGUGGUUCAUCCCAGUCAUUCCGCUCGCUCAACGAUUUGCUCGGUAUUAAAAAAACCCCUGACAAUCCGUUGGCUUCUCCAUAUGAGCAGAGAAACUCCGCGCAAGCUAUUCCGCGAACCGUGGAGCAAAGAGCACCUAAAAGACAGAAGACAUCUAUGCCAAAUCAACCGACGGAAAGCCCUCGUGCCCAAAGUCAGAUCAUUGAUUUGACCGAGCCUGCGUCGGGAGGAAACUCGACCAAAAAGGUCAAUCCUGUGGUGAAGCAGAUCACGAGAAAUAGUGAAACUCCAAUUGUUGCAGCUUCAGCAAGUCAUCAGCAACGGCCGGCCCUAUCUAAACCAGCACACCCAAAAAGACCCAAUCCUCCUGUGUCCACUCAGCACUCGAUACCAGCGUCUUCUGAGGUGAAUUCUAGUCCAACUUUACCAGAAAAUGGGCCUCGCCCCGCAACCAGACUAGUUCCACCCCGAAGGCCGCUUAACAGUGCAUCUACACCUGCUCCACCUACGCACACACGGGGACCACCAGAAGCAUUGCCAACCCCCAGUUCCACAACACCGUCAAGAAAAGAGCCCAGCGAGUCCAUAGUGACUACGCGGGUAGGUGAGCAACCACAUGGUUGUGAGAGUGGGCCGCAGAAUGCACCACGCAAUCCGCCUAGGCCACAGAGGCCUGUACCUCCACUUUCGAGGAGCUCUAUUCCAGCCACGUCAAAUGUUUCCGUCACCGGAUCUAUUUCAGAUGGAGCAAUGCCGGCUGAAGCGUCUCGCCCCCAAGAGGCCUUGUCUUCGAAUCAACCAGCUGUGGGCUGUGAGAACCAAGCGCAAGACGCACAGCCGCCUACACAACCCCAAAGACGCCCUCCGGUACCCAUCUCAUCCCUCACUACUUCGGAUACUUCUGCUUCUCGGCCCCUUUCUAGGAGACCAAGCCCAGCGGUCUCCAACAGUGCUCAGCCUACUGAAAAUGUGCCAAGCAACAUGCCACCCCCGUCGCGUUCAUUGUCGGCAAGAUCAUCUGAAACACCUUCAGGAACUCUUCGAAUGGGCACUGGAAAGCCACGCAGGAAGCUCAUGUAUAGUGCAUUAUUACCUGGUGCUUCGCGGGCCCCCUUGGAAAAGACGCCCAGCUCACUUCCGGCUAGCAAGGAAAAGGAACCUAUCGCAGAACCAAAAGAAUCAGAGUUAGUAUUUACCUGCUAUUUGAGUUCCAAUGACGAGUUCAUGCCUUCGAGCUCGACACAAUUCAUCUUCGACCAGAUGCUUGAUGGAUCAGGGGUAAAGCCUUCAUCUAAUGCUCUGAACGGUAGAAGAUCUGUUGAUUCACCGUUGCGCAAGUCACUGUCGGACCCAACCACCUUGGUAGGUGGUCAACACCGGACCAAGACUUCAGUCAACGUGCAGCCCAUUAUUGAAGAGCCCAAGGAACAAGGCCCCUGGACAUCUGAGGCAUUAGAUCUAUUCGACUUUUGGCCCGCUGGACGACCAAAGCCGACUGAACGAAACGAAGACCCCUGA